UCCUUUUCAGGGUGCGCAAUGAUUUCGAUGUGCAUACAAACCGAAUGAUCGGCAGCCAUGGGUAUUGUACUCAGGAAUUAGUGAACUUGCUUCUGACUGGCAAAGCUGUAUCCAAUGUUUUUAAUAAUGUGAUAGAGCUGGACUCUGGAAACGACAAUAUCACGAUUUUGAAAGGCAUCACAAGUCGCAGUGAUAUUGGUUUGCUGUCGCUAUUUGAGCACUAUGAUGUUUGUCAGGUUGGUUGUUACUUGAAGACUCCUAAAUACCCAAUUUGGUUGGUAUGCAGUGAAAGCCACUUCAGUGUGCUUUUUUGUUUGGAAAAGAAUGUACUAGGUGACUGGAAAACAGAACAGAGAUUUGAUCUAUAUUAUUAUGAUGGCUUAGCCAACCAGGAAGAAGAGAUACGGUUAACAGUUGACACAACUCAGAUGUGCGCUGAAGAUAAAGACAAUGAUCUUACUCCUCCACUUGAGCACUGUAUUAGGACAAAAUGGCACGGAGCUGUUAUUGACUGGAACGGCACAGAACCAAUCUUGUGACUGACCUGACCUGCACUUUAUUUGUAAAGAAAAAAAGGAAAUGACUGAAUUAGCACGUUCCCAUUCCCACCAUUACAGGAAAUAGGACAAGAGUUACGCAGUUUAUGAUGAGGAAGAACGGCAUGGUGGUGUGCAGCAUUGAAGAGGUUCACCUCAUGCUUCAGAUAUUUUGCUUAUAAUAUAAACAGCAUUUACAUAAACUCUUGGUCACUGCCUUUAUUAUACAGUUUCUGAGAGCAGAUUGAGCUUCCACUGCCAAAUCAAGCUUGCAGAUGAAGCUGUAAAGUUGUCAGCGUCCUUUUGAGGUCUGUUUCUGGAUCUACUCUGUAUCCUGCAAUUGUUUCCAAAAAUCUGAUGAAAGGAACUGCACCGAGAUUUCUGUCACUGUCCAUGCCUUCUCAGUCCUGACUAGUUCUUCACCUAAAAAACUCCAGAAUAAAUAUAAAGUGUCAUUCAAGAGAUAUAUAUUGACUUCUUUCUCUGAUAUUAGCAACUCUCAUUUUGCACUGAAAGUAUUAGUAGCCAUAUAGGCUUUUUAGCUAAAGCCUGACUUACACAAAAUUAUUGCAGUCUCAUAAAAUUUGCAUUAAAGCUUGUGGUUUUGUGUUAUCAGAAUAAUAGUAAUACUACGUUCCUUAUACUGGGUGCAAUUGUGCGAUGUGUUACGGUGCCUCACACUGAUGUAGCUUAUUUUCCUUUCUGGAUGAGAGAAAGCUAUACCAGUGUCUUUACUUUUAUAUCAAUGUAAUACUAGAAUUUAUUUAUACCAAAGUUCUGGAUAAGUUCUGUGGUGGUUUGCUUCUCCACAAUUACAAGAAAACACAAAAGCUUAAGACUUGACAUUUAGAGGGUGCAUAUUUGUGGUAGAAACUGUUCUUCAUUAUUAAAUAAAGUGGAUGUAUGAAAAGAGUGUGAUGUGAAGAUGUAUUUGGAGGUACCAAAACAGGUUAUAUUCGGAAAUGAAUUCUUUAAGUGAUACAUUUUAGCAACACUUUACCAAAAUGGGAACAAGUUACUCAACCAAAGAUUGGAAAAAAUACUUUGGAAAAAAUGAUUUCUUAGUGGAAAGGUUGCAAAUAAAUGAUGUGCCUAUAGUUUAUUCCUCCAUCUUGAGAGUGAAUAUCUCGCGAGAGUUCAAUAAAGGACUUUUACUUUUUGAUUUUUAUCAUAGCACCUUCUUACUAACCUUUAUGCAAACCCCUCUGAGCCCAGACUAUCUGCUAUUUUCAAAAUUUAUUUCCACUAAAAGAUACAGUAUCCUACUCUGUAUAGCCUAGAGAUGUCAAGUUGAGUAGGUAAAUACAAAUCUCUGGCAGUUAGCACUCCAGCUAGGUUUGGAAGCCAACCUGAACAUAACUACCAGAGUACCAGAAUAGAAAUGGUUUCAGUUUAGAUAGUCUUUUUGAAUAAACCCCUGCCUCCUCCUUUACUUCCCAUUCACAUCAAACUAGUCAGACAGUCUUUGAAUAAACAUCUCUCUCCUACUUCGGUUCCCAUUCUCAUCAAACUAUCUAUAUUUACUGAAAGCAUCUCAGAGUGUCAGUCAUUUUAAAGUUGUUUAAUUCAAUGUAAUGUAAUUUUAUUUUAUUUGUCUUAGAUCAGUUAGGCAGAGUUUUGUCUUUAAACUUUAUGAGAUAAAGGUCCUCCAUUCAACCUUGGAGACACGGGCAGCAUCUUAGCCCAUUCCUGACUCUGCCUCAGGAAUAUUAUAUGGCCUUUGGCAAACCCUUUUAUCUCUGUGAGUUUAAGGGCAUGUUUGUAUCAUGGGCUCAAGACUGCCUUUUUAGAUCAGGUUCACUCAUCAUCUCAGCUAUUCCCCACUAAGAGAUUGUGUCAGAGUUCAGGGUAAUUCAGGGUAAUUGCAUCCUCAGAGUUCCUGUGAGUGGGAGAUCCCAGACAUCAAAAGAUCCCAGGUCCAAAGCUCUCUUAUGUGUCCUGGAAAAUCACAGCUAAUCAUGGCUGAAUGUGGUUCCACCAGCUUGUGGUAAACCUUUACUCCUCUUAAAAUUUCUGUGAACUGUAGCCCAUGCUUUGUUUCAUGUUGCAAUCAGAGUCUGAUUUUCCCACUUACCUCACAGCGCAGCUGUAAGGAAAAAUCAGAAUAUGCAGAAUGUAUUUGACCCUUGGACAGAAGAUAGUAUAGCGAUAGAAAUAUGAUGGAAAAUUUUGGGAUCAUGUGUAACACAAAAAAUUCCUCCCUGGAUUUUCUCAUUUAGUAAACCCACACCAGUUAAAGCAGUGCUUUGAAGUAUGUCAAUUUGGAGAUGAACUUCCAUUCCCUAGUGGAAGAGCAGCAAAGAUAAGUGUUUCUCUGGGGAAGCAAGGAGCUGCCUUAUGACAGGUCUGAGUUUCAUCUGAGUGAAAUGUCAAUGUCUACGUGCAGAUGUAUUCAGAGGAGCUGUUUCUCUAGGCUUCCUUUAUAGCUGGCAAGGAGAAAUAAGCCACCUUAGGGUGUGAGUCAUCAAACCUUGGUUUGACAUUUACUUUAGGGUGAGAAGAGUUGUGCACCAGACUGUAAGGCUAUAUGCUGAGCAGAUCUCUACUGACAGAAGGGAAAAGAAGUCCAAGGUGAUUGCAUCAGAUGAAUUUCAUUUAUGAGGACAUGAGGGUUUUUCAAGGUAUGGGAAAGAGGCAAAAAUUAGUGAAUAGGGCUAGGAAAUAGACUGUGUUUUAUAGCAAACCUUAGAGGACGAAUAAAGAUGAGGGUAUGCCCUGAUCUCUGAGCCUCUUUCUAAAAUAGGCUCCUUCAUCACAGAUUAUGGAGAGUAUUUUACUGAAACUUACGCCUCUGUUAUCACAGAAUCCAAGAAAGUCAGAUCUUUCUUAUCCCUUAUCUGUAAUUAUGCCCAUGUAUAUUUGUUCUGAAAAGUCCACUGUCUAUCUAUCAUCUGUUUAAGCUGAACACCUUCCAGAUUCAGCUCUGACUUCACUCACAAAGGCAGAAAUAAAUGUGCAUAGACCGUGUCACCAAAUAACUACAUGUGCGGGAUGAGUCUCACCACCAAGCUAGAGCAAGGAGAAGCUCAGCAUUACUAAGCCCUUUCUACCCUACUUGCUUUUGGAGCAUAGAAGCAGUAAUUUCCUUCUCCAGGGCUCAAUAUUAGUGUCCUUAUUAGGCAAAAGAGAUGGCUCUUGAGAUUUACUAGGGGAUCCUUCCAUAAAGAGGAAGAGGGCAACUGAAACAUUAAUUUAGAUCUAGUUCUGCUGAAAAAAACAAAACAAAGCAAACAAACAAUCAAGCAAAAACAGCAUUAUAUGUGUCACUGUCUGCAUCAAGCAAAAUGUUUGCACAUUUUUAUUUCAUGUAAAAUACAAGCGGUUAUUCACCUUCACAGACCUUUUUUGAAUCAAACAAUCAGAGAAGGCCACAGUAUGUUAUAUGGCAACGUAAGAACCUUUACAGAGAUCUGUGCACGAUCAUAUCCUGUUCCAGCAGCUUGCAUCUAGUUUUUUAAAUAUGUUUUCCUUUUCAUUGUUUCCCAUUUUCUUUUUCACAAUCUGACGAACGUGACUUCCUGAAAUUAACGAAGCAGAAACUGUUUGGUAACUGUGCAUUAAAACAUACUGGGUAAUAUUUGUUAUUUGGGCUCUAUAUAUGGCUUGAUUUCAUUCUCUUUCCUUCUGUGGUAUUACAAAUACACCCUCUGCUGAAAAUUGACCCCUUAGCUGACAAUAAGCAUGGCAUAUUGUAUAUGCAGAUGAAUAUCUAAACAGACAUGCUCUUAUGGUAAGGUGUCAUAUAUGUCACCUUUGUGAGAAAUUUAUAUUUAACUUUGUCUUGUA